AUGAACAGGAAACCCCCCAACAUGAUUCGAAGCAGCAACGCGAGAAGCAAACGGAAUGAACUGAACGAGGAGCAGAAGCUCGAGAUAAAAGAAGCCUUUGAUUUAUUUGACACCAACGGCACGGGAAGAAUCGACGCGAAGGAGCUGAAGGUCGCCAUGCGGGCCCUGGGCUUCGAGCCCAAGAAGGAGGACAUUCGCAAAAUCAUCUCCGACGUUGACCAGGACGGGUCGGGCACCAUCGACUUCAAUGACUUCCUCGACAUCAUGACGAUCAAAAUGAGUGAGAGAGACCCCAAGGAGGAAAUCCUGAAGGCCUUCCGCCUCUUCGACGACGACGAAACUGGGAAGAUCUCCUUCAAGAAUUUGAAGCGAGUGGCCAAGGAACUGGGAGAGAACAUAACCGAUGAGGAGAUUCAGGAGAUGAUCGAUGAGGCCGACCGAGACGGAGACGGAGAAAUCAACGAGGAGGAGUUCAUGCGCAUCAUGAAGAAGACGAAUUUGUUCUAGAGGGGCCGUGCGCGACGGGGUGCCCCUCGAUGGGAUAGCAGCGUCCGCUGUGUUUGCCGCUUCGCCACGUUUGCCGCUUCGCUCCCUCACCGCUGCAUCCUCAGUUUGACCUGGUCCGUGAGCGCCACUCGCCUCUUUUUCUUCUUAAAGGGCUUCUUCCUCGGCUGCGAAAGGGGGCCCGGCCACUUCUCCUCGAUAUCCCCGAUGCGCUCCUCCAAUGUGUCUA